AUGCCACCAGUUCUGGUACGUUUCUGCAUUGGUUCAUUGUGUGGCGCGGCGUCCCUACUCGUGGCUCUUGGUGUGGAGUAUAUGGUUAUGCCGAAGCCUGUCUUCUCUGUCUCCAUUUGGUGGCAGAUUCCGCAGUUCUGGUUGAUUGCUGCUGGUGAGAUCUUCCUAAUUUCAACUUCUUACGAAGUCGCAUUCACCCACUCUCCGGGAGCAUUGAAGGCAGUUGCUUCAGCCUUCAACCUUUGCUUCUUCUCUAUUUCUAAUGUUCUCUCGGCGGUCCUUUUCCAACUAUGCUCUGAUUGGCUUCCCAAUUUCGAUGUUGAGAAUCCAACUGAGGAUGCUGUCAGUGGUGCACACUACGACUUCUACUAUAUGGUAUUGAUAGCAUUGUGUAUAUUCGGUGCAGUCGCUGCGGUGUCGAUGAUUCCGUACUUCAACAGGGUCGCCGCCAAGAACGCGGCUAGGAAGUUGGAAGCUGAGCUUGAGAAUGUCGAGAAGAAUAAGGUCGAGGUCGAUGUAUAA